AUGGAAAUAAAAUUGAAUACAAAAUUUGAUGAAAUUUUAUUAAUUGUUUGUGAUAAGCAUGUGAUAGAAAAUCACGAAAAAUUUUUCGUUGACAAAUAUGAGAACGUAAUGUGUGUAGAAUGUUUAUAUAAGUUUCUUUUUAAAAAAUAUCCUUUAUAUAAAAAAUAUUUAUUAUUUAAGAGUAUAAAUAAUUUAUUUUGUAUAAAGGAGUGUGAAGAAUUUCGUUAUCAUUUCUCUUUUUAUUUAUUGGAUCAUACUUUAUUUCUAUCUGAAACAUUUAGUUAUAUAGAAGGAAUAUCACAAUUCGAAGAGAAAGAAGAAAAAAAAAAUAUAUAUUCCUCUAAUUAUAAUAAUGAAAAUAUUAAAAAUAAUGAUAAUAGUAUUUAUUAUGAUAAUGAUGAUGAUAACUAUAUAUAUUUAGUAAAUAGCGAAUUAAUUAAAUUAACUACUAAUGCAUGCAAAGAAUUUUUAUAUAAAUGUUCUAAAGAAUUAUGUAAUAUUUUUAAAGAUGCUAUAUAUACUUGUGUACUUGUUCGAUUAAAAAAUUUUUCUUCAAAGAAUAAAAAAAGAAAUUUUUUUUUUCUUUUAGAUUUUCUGAAGAGUUUAAUAGAUAAUGUCGAAAUUAUAUUUGUAACAUUAAAAGAUGAAUCAACCAUUAUUGAAGAAUUAAUGAAAUUAUUUAUAGAAAACGAUGAAAUGAUUAAUUCUAAAUUAAGAAAUAAUAAUUAUGGUUAUAUAUAUGAAUAUAAUGCUUAUACAGAUAAAUAUAUAGAUAAAAAAAAACAAAACAAUAAGCAAUAUUACAAUAGUGAGUUGUUAUUAAAUUUACAAAUUAUAUAUAAACUAUGGCAUGAUAAUUUAUUAUGGCAAAUUAAUAAUAAUUUAUUAAAAAGGUUUUUUAUAUAUUUAAUAACAAAAUUUAAAUAUACUAACAAAAACACAGAUUUAUGUACUUAUUAUAUACAAUUCAUAUAUUUAAUAACAUUACAAUAUAAUGUUUUGAAUUAUUUUUUUCACCACAUUAUUUUUGACUCUUCAACAAAUAGUAAUAUUAAAACGUUGAAUAUUGAAAAUAAUAAUAAACUUAAUAGUAACAAACGUAAUAGCAACAUAAGUAGUUGUAUUAAACACAAUAAUAAUAACAAUAAUUUUUAUAGUGUCAACACUGAAAGUAACAAUAUUAAUAAUUCUAACACUAAUAGUAGUAAUAAUAAUAGUGUAGAACACUAUUCUAACUCUUGUCAAACAAGCAGUACAUGUAUUACAAAAAUUAAAAAAAGAAAAAAUACAUUAGAUCGUAACAUAUUAUCAAUAUAUAAUAUUCCAUUAGAGAAUAAAAAAAAUGAAUUUACUAAAGAGCAAAACCAAAUUAAAAGAUGCUUCCAGAUUAAUAACUCUCCUCAAGAUAUUGAGGAUAACCAGGAUGUUAAGAAUGAAAAUAGCAUUGAAGAGAAUGAAGAAAAAUAUAAACAAAUUCGUGAAGUAAAUAAAAAUACAAAUGAAACUAUGUAUAAAGAUGUAAAGAAAAAUUUUUAUUAUUAUAGUGUUGAAAAGAAUAAUUCUUAUUUUGAUGGUGAUGAAAACAUCCAUUCUUAUUAUAAUGAUAAUAAAGAUGAAUAUAAUUCACCUACAAGUAAUAAUAGUAGUAUAAAAAGUAAUAUAUUCUUUAUAUCAAAACAUGAUUUAAUAUACUCAGAUGAUGAAAAACAUGUUACACAUUACCCAUUAAAAAAAGAUAAUAUUUGUGAUUUAGGAGAAUAUGAAAUGGAAAGUAUAUAUAAUAGUGAUAAUAUAUCAAUCAGAUCUGAAGGAACACAUAAGGACAAAUUUUCUUUGCAUGAAAAAUCUUUAGAUGUGUCAAAAAUUUCAACGGAAUCUAAAUGUAAAGAUUUGUCAAAGCUUUCAAAACAUUUUUCCUUUACACAAAAUUCUUCAAUAAAAGACAAAGAAAAUUUUGUUUCUUCAAAUUGUGAUAAUCCAAAUGAUAAUGUAUCGUUUAUCGAAUCUUCUUAUACAUCUUAUUCAUUAUCCGAUAUUGAUGAAAAGAAGAAAAAAAAAAAAAAAAUUAAUUUAAAUAAAUUAGAAAUAUUAGAAAAUUCACACAUUUUUAUUAUAUUAUGUGAUAAUUUACAAGAAACGUUAUUAAACCAUUUUAAUAGUGAUAUACAAAUGAAAUGCUUAGAUAUAUUUUAUACAUUCUGUAGUUUUGAUGAUAAUAUUGUUAAUAUUAUAUUAACAAAUACAUCAUUAGUAGAAUGGGUAUUUGAUUAUAUAUCAAAUACGAAAUAUGAAAAUUUAAGAGAGAAGGCCCUGAAACUUUUAGUUACUUUUUUUUUUAAUAAUACACUUUUUUCAAAUACCCAUACACAUUAUGCAAUAGAUGUUUUAAUAAAUAUUAUUUUAAGAUAUGUAAGUAAAGAUAAUAUUAUACUAAAUAAUAAAGUAAUAUAUACUAAUGAUAUCAAUAAUAAUGUAGUCGAUAAACAAUUCAUAGACAAUAGUUUUCAAAAUAAAGUGUGUAACAGUAAUGCGUAUGAUCAUUAUUCCAAUAAAUGUAAAUAUAAUUUCUUCACCAUAUCUUAUAUUAUUAAAGCAUUAAAUAUGCUUAUAAACAUUUCACAUGCUUCCAUAAAAAUUUCUCAUAUUUUUAAAAUUAUAAAUAUAUUCUCCUGUCUUAUUAUAUCACCUAGUUGUACUCCAACCACUAAUGAAGAUAUUAUCUUAUUGUUCGAAUCUAUUUUACUAAAAAAUAAUAAUAAUAAUCAAGAAAUUUUAUUUGAUGGUAAAUUAGAAGAUAAUAUAUAUAUACAAGAAAAUGAGAGCGUAUUUCAUAAAUUAAAAAGUAAAGAAAAAAAUGAAAAUAUAAAUAAUAUAUUACAUAUGAAUGAAAAAUGUAACAUAUAUAUAAAUACAAAUACAUUUAAUGGUUCCCAAAAAAUAGAGAAUGAAAAUUUGUUACAUAAAAAAAAAAAAAUUUUAACUAUGAAAAAAAAUAAUAUAUCUAAAAGUGAUUAUAAGGACUAUAAUAAUGGUAAGGGAGACCCUGUUGCAGUAACCUUGGAAAAUAAUUUAUUAAAUGAUAUUAUUAAUAAAGUAUAUAUAACAAAUAUUUUCAUAUUAUUUAAAAUUUUAAAAACUGCUUUAAAUAUUAUAAAAACUGUUAAUAUAUACAAGAAAGAUAUAUAUAUAGAAAUAAUAUAUAACGAAGAGAAAAAUUAUAUACAAAAUAUAACAAUAAGUAUUAUGAAAUUAUUAUUCUGCUUAGUUUAUAUAUUAAAUAGAAAUGAAGAAUUUUUUAUAGAUUUAAAUAUAAUCAAUGACAAUGAAAAAAUAGACAAUGAAAAUAAUUUUCAACGUAUAGCAUUCAUAAAAUUAAUGUUAUCUUUUUUUAUAGAAUUAGAUAUAUUUAUGCAAAAUAUAUUUGCCCAAAACAGUAAUAUAAUUAAUCAAGAGAAGAAAUUAUAUAAUAUUCAAUUUACAUAUCUUACGUGUAUAUUUAUUAUUCAUAAUGUAUAUAAAAAGAAACAGAUAUUUAAUAAUAUCAGUUGGAAUAUUUUAUUCUCUUCUUUUUUUAAUCAUUUUUAUAACUUGUUAACUAAAGUACUGUGUCAUGUAGAUGAUAUAACUGAGACAUAUUUAAAAGAAUAUGAACAAAUAAACAAAAGUAAAAAAUUUAUUAAUAUAAAUAAUAGUUAUAAUGAAACAGGCAACUUCUCCAUGUCUCCUAAAUGUGAUGCAUCGAAAGAGGGUGAACAAAAAAAAGAAAAAAGAAAUAACCCCCAUAAUAAUAAUAAUAAUAAUGAUGAUGUUAAUCCUAUCAGUUUUAAUGAACAGCAUAAAUUAAUUAUAGACAAAUUUGUUUUAUAUAAAAAAAGAAUGAGAAAAGAAUUGUUAAGUAAUAGGCCCUUUACACUAUUCUUUCAAUAUGUUUCAAGAAAAAAUUACAACGAAGAAUGCCAUCGAAUUUUAAAACUCUUAAUUGAUGAAGAAGAAACUAUCAUCCAUGAGAGGGAUGAUAUAAAAGACAUUUUAAUAGAUAUAAUAAAGAAAAAUGAUUUUUAUUUUUCUAACGUUCUAUUAUUCAAUUUUAAUGAUAAUGAAGUUGUUAUCGAAACGGUUAUAUAUAUAUUUUAUUUAAGUUUAAAAUAUGAUAAAGUUUUUCUUGAAAGGAAAUUAAAUAAAAGUAAAAAGAUUAAUUAUGUACAACAUAUAUUUGUCACUAAUAAUUAUAACAACAACAUUAAUCCAUUAUUUUUAUUUAUGUCUUUAACUUAUUCUUAUUAUUUUAUAAAAAAGGAUAAAAUAUAUAUAGCAUUCGAACAUAUUCAAAAUCAAUUAUAUAAAAUAAAUUUACAUUUAUGGAAAGAUAUAAAAAAAUUAAAAAAUAUAUAUUUAGCAUUCGAUUGUAUUUUCUCAUUAAAUGUUGAUAAUAAUAAUUAUAAUAAUUUCUUUCUUUUUAUAAUUUAUAUUAUAAAAUUAGAAUUAUCUUUAUAUGCCUCUGGGGAAAUAAGUGAGGUUGAUAAUAAGUUAUAUUUGUCCAUAUCAAAAAAUAGGGAACUCAUAAAUAUGAUCUUUGAACAUAUCGAAAUGGACAACAUAUUAAAUGAUCAAAUUAUUUAUGUAUAUUAUUUAAUAAUAAAAUUAAGAAAAUACUCUAUAGGUUAUUGUAAUAAAAGUAUUAGCUUGUACAAAAUGAUGAACACAGUUAUUAGAUAUAUGAAUACAGUAGAAAAUAAAACAGACGAAAUUAAUAAUAUAUUUUCUUUUUUUUUCCUCUUUUUUGAAAAUUUGGAAAAAUAUUCAGAAAAAGAUAUAUUUAAUAUAAUAACCUUACUCCAGAAACUUUCAUUAUAUGUAAAAUAUUCCUUAGAAAGAUUUUUUUCUCCCCUAAAAAAAUAUAACAAUAUUGAUAAUAACAAUAAUUAUAAUAACAAUAAUGAUAAUAACAAUAAUGAUAAUAACAAUAAUGAUAAUAACAAUAAUGAUAAUAACAAUAAUGAUAAUAACAACAAUUGUUAUAAUACAAAUGAUGAAAAUAAAAUGGACUGUUCAAAUAAUCCUAAUAAUGAUUUUAUUUAUAACAUUCUAAAAUUUGAAAAUUCCUUUUUUUAUUUCUUACUAAAUCUAAUAUUUUAUUGUAGAAAAUAUAAUCAAAUACAAAAUAUUAAUGUUCUGUCCUCAUCUAUUUCAUUAAUACAUCUUUUAAUAUAUUCUAUUAAAAAUACUAAUACUCAUUUUAGGAGUUUAUCCUUUUAUAUUUUAUCAUUAUUAAUUUUACCUUUUCCUAAAUCUCCAAACAAUAUAUCACCACUUUUAAUUAAACUCUGUACAUCUUUUGAUAAAAAUAUUGAUGAAAUAUUAUCAUUACAUAAUAACACAUCGAAUACAAAUCAAGAAAAUAAGUCAGACAAAUGUAUUGUUAGAAAAAAGUUAUUUUAUCCUUUAUUAACUCAUGAGAGUAUGGAAAUUAGACUUUCUUCUUUAUCCUUAUUAUUAUGUUUAUUGCUAACAAAUGAGGUUGUUUUAUUGGAAGAGGAGGUUUUUCUUUUUUUCCUUUUCCUAAUUAAUAGUUCUUUUUUAAGUGAAUGGGACAAUAUACAAAAUGACUUAUUAUUAGCGAUAAUAAAUGUAUUACUACUAUCGACAAAUAUAAAUUUAAAAGUUAAAUCAUUUUGCUUUAAUUAUAUCUAUUCAUUUAGACCAUUUUUUUUGAGGAGUAUUCUACAUAUGAAUAGAAAACAGGAAAUUAUUAUUCACCGGCUGUUUUUUUUAUUAAUGGUUGUUAAAAUUAAACCUUUAUGGUUUGAUAUAACUACUUGUAGUGAGAAGAUUCUGAAAAUUAUAAUGAAUGUGGUAACUAGAAAAAAUAUGGACCUCUUUAUAUUUAAUUGUAUUAUAUCGGUUGCUCAUGAGACCUUUAUAAAAGAAAAGAAUAACCAUGUGAACAAUAAUUAUAAUAAUUAUACAAAUAAGGAAAAUAAAAAUGUUAUAGAAAACCUGGAAGAAUAUUUGGAAACAUAUAAAAAAAAUAUAAAAAAAAAUUCUGAUAAGGAUAUUUAUAAUAUUUCAAGUUUUAAUAAGUUUAAGUGUGAAAAUAUCGAUUAUGAUGUCGUGUUAUCUGUUUUGAAUACUACCACUAUAUUGUUAUAUAAAUAA